GAUGCUAUUAAAGAAGGAGGUGGAAAUGGUCACGGUUUUUCUUCACCUAUGGAUAUUUUUGACAUGUUCUUUGGAAUGGGUAGUGGUGGUGGACGAAGGAGAGAACGACGUGGUAAAGAUGUUGUUCAUCAAUUAAGAGUAACCCUUGAGGAGCUUUACAAUGGAUCCGUUAGGAAGUUGGCAUUGCAGAAAAAAGUGAUUUGUGAAAAAUGUGCAGGGCGAGGUGGCAAACAAGGAGCUGUGGAGAGGUGCCCCACAUGUAGAGGAUCUGGUGUGUACACACGAAUUCAGCAGCUUGGGCCAGGCAUGGUACAGCAGACCCAAACUAUGUGUCCAGAUUGUCAAGGACACGGAGAACGCAUUAAUCCAAAAGAUAGAUGUAAAGGAUGUCAGGGAAAAAAAGUAGUAAAAGAACGAAAAGUAUUGGAAGUUCAUAUCGAUAAAGGUAUGGAAGAUGGACAGAAAAUCACCUUUAGUGGUGAGGGUGAUCAAGAACCAGGUUUAGAACCGGGAGAUAUUAUCAUCAUUCUGGAUGAAAAAGAGCAUGAGAUAUUUAAGAGAAGUAAUAGAGAUCUCAUCAUGAUGAUGGAAUUGACUAUUACAGAAUCUUUAUGUGGAUUCCAGAAGACUAUUGAGACCUUAGAUCACAGAACAUUAGUUGUUACUUGUAUUCCAGGAGAAAUCAUCAAACAUGGAGCAGUUAAGUGUGUCUUGGGAGAGGGUAUGCCUGUGUACAAGGAUCCCUUUGAGAAAGGUCAGCUGGUGAUCAAGUUUACUGUUAACUUUCCUACUCACAUUGAUCCUUCUGUUACUGGACAACUAGAGGAACUUCUACCGCCACGGACAGAAUGUAUUAUACCAGAUAAUGGCGAAGAGGUGGCACUUGUGGACUUAGACCCUGAACAAGAAGCAAGAAGACAAUAUCGUUACAGACAAGCCUAUGAAGAAGAUUAUAACCAUAAUCACCAUAGAGCAGGUGGUGUACAGUGUCAGACACAAUAAUUAGUGAAGGCACUUUAGUUAACUAGAUCUUUAUAAAAAAUCUUGCAGAACAGUUUAUUUGUACCGAAGCUAAAUGUAUAUGAUUUCAAGAUCCUAUAUAUAUAUAUAAAGUAAACAGACAGCUACACCAUGCUUUAUGCUGCUAAUAAAUGUAUCUUGUAGGUGAGACAUUAUAUUUUGAAUUGUUACAAUAUGAUAAAUGAAAUCCACUGUAUUCUUAUUUAUUUGUCUGGCUGAAUGUCAUUUGUAGUAGUUUCUGCUGUUUUAAUAGCUAAACAUUAAGAAUGUAAUAAAGUCAUAAUAAUAAAUCAUAAGGAAAAAUGACACUAAUGUGGUUGUGUAA